AUGAAAAAACGCAAUCAAAGACCAGAAAAAUUAAGACAAGAAGAAAUCGAUGCAGGUGUAUCCAUUAAGUAUGACGAACAUGGGGAAUCUUAUAUUGUUAUUGGACAAACUAUUGUUCGUCAUAGUCGAUCCAACUUUCCAUCAAAAUUAAACAAAUAUUGGCAUCAAAGACGUCGACUUUUUAAAUAUUUUGAUAGAGGAAUAUGGCUUGAUGAAGAGUCUUGGUAUAGCGUCACUCCAGAACCACUAGGACGUCAAAUUGCAACACAUUUAUCGAAAAUACAUGACCACAAUUUUGUCGUAGUUGAUGGCUUUUGCGGUGCAGGAGGAAAUGCUAUACAGUUUGCAUUAAUUGAUAAAAUAGCAGUCAUUGCAAUUGAUGAUGAUCCAAUAAAACUUAUAUGUGCAAAACAUAAUGCACGAAUAUACAAUGUAGAACAUAAAAUUGUAUGGAUUCUUGCAGAUUUCUUUAAUAUCUCAAAAAAAAUAAAAGGAGAUAUUAUUUUUUUAAGUCCACCAUGGGGUGGGCCAGAUUAUCAAAAUUCAGAGGUGUUCAAUAUAGAAGCCAUGAAGCCUUAUCCUGCCUCUUUAUUAUUUCAUACAGCAAAUUGUAUGGUAAAUAACAGCAACAAAAUUGUCAUGUAUCUACCACGUACCUCAUCUUUAGCCUCGAUAACAGCCUUAGUUAAAUACCCACAUAAAGUAGAAGCACAUUAUUUAAAGGCAUCUGGAAAAACAAAAGCAAUAUGUUGCUAUUUUGGCCCUUUAGUUCAAUAA